AUGGCUCGCGGAGCUCGUGUUCUUCUCGUCACGCUUCUGUCGCUCAUUCUCGUCGCGCAGCACGUCGCUGCUCUUAGGCCGGUUCCGGCUUCGAAGGACGAUGACAGCGAGAAGGACGGAAGCAAGGACAGGAGCAAGGACGGCAGCAAGAGCAGCGACGGGAGCAAGGACGGCAGCAAGAGCAGCGACGGAAGCAAGGACGACGGAAGCAGCAGUGGUGACGACAGCAACUCCAAGUACAAGCGCUUGGUUGUCGUGCUCUACGAGGACAUUAGCGUCAACACCAACAUUACAGCCGGCGGAUCUGGCGGCACGGGGUCGACGCUUAUGUACAGCACGCCUCUCUACAAGACCAAGGACCUUACGGGCAAGGUUGGUCAGCACUACCUCACGGCGGUAGCCUUGUGGAAUGACAUGGUCAUGCUCUCCUGCAGCCUCAACUUCCCCAAUGGACUUGUUACCGUCUCAGGAGCUUUCAAGUGGACGGAGAACGUGGGGAGGGUUGCCGUGACUGGAGCCACGGGCGCCUACAUUGGGUACUCGGGUACGGCGUUCCUUUACGGUUUGGACGGCACAGUGAAGUCCAGCAAGAAGCACCGGCUCGUGCUGAAAGCAUUCAAGGCCACGUCUUAA